UAAUCGUUAUCUAAUAGUAUAAAAACAAAUGUUGCCUUUUUCGUCAGAAAAUCGCCUAUAAAAGCCACGCAUUUUAGUUCGUACUACAUCACAGACUUUUAACCAUUCCUUCUGUAAAACUGGUAUUAGGUAAGCACGAGGGUUAAAUCAAAGUUUCUGGAAUAGUUUGCUUAUUUUAUACAGGCAGUCGUCGGAAAUUUAAGAAAAUGAAAACUAUUUUAUGUUUCUUGGCUGUGGGCGUCGUUGCUGUCGCUACACAAGAUGCAAGCGAUCCGCAAAACAUGCAAUGCCUUGUUGGUGUCAGUAUUAACGGAGAAGGAUUUUUCGAAACCGUAGACUGUGUAAAUUCGGAGGAAGCCUGCCAGACAAAAAUCGAGCAAAGGGGAGCAUUCAACGUUGUGUACAAACGUUGCAAGAGACAGAAGGAAUGUGACAAUAACGCAAGAAACAACGAACUGAACUGCUAUGGACCACUAGCUAUCGCCAACAAUGUGAAAGUUUGUCAUUUCUGUUGCUCGACUCCUGGCUGCAACACAAUGAAUGAAAUACCGAACUAAAUAUGAAGAAAGUCGAUGUUUACGUGCGCCACAUUAAUCACUGCGUAUCACAUUGUAACCAACCAUGUAAAAUAAAGUUACUAACCAACAGCUUA